UAGCUGCUUAUAAUUAAUGGUAACAAAACAAUGACUUCGGGGAAUACCCAAAAAACAAGAUAGUUCAUUAUUAACAAAUUGUUGAGAUAAUAUUGUUUAAUAUUAUAUGGUAUUUUUGAAAAUCUGAGAUAUUUGAAAAAGAAAAUAGUAAAAAUGAGCGUAUUAGAAGAAACCAGACAAAAAUGGUAUGAUAUUUUAGAGAAUUUGCUUGAAUGCCCAGUAUGUUGUGAAAUACCAAAAAAUAACAUUUUGCAAUGUGCAUCAGGUCAUCAUAUAUGUAUAUCAUGUCGUUAUCAAUUACAAAAUUGCCCAAUAUGUAAAAAUCAUUUUUCUAAUACAAGAAAUUUUUUUGCUGAAGAAAUGGCAAACAAAUUGGAAGAGAUAAUGAUAUCUCUUAUGUAUCCUACAAAUAAAAUUAAUAGAAGAAUUCUUGAAAAUAAAAUAUGUGUAUCUACACAGACAGAAAAAAUAUUUAAAGCAUCGGUAGAAGUACAGACCAGAAAUAUAUUAAUUUGUAAUAAUAAGCAAACACAAACAUAUAAUACAUGGAUGGAAAAUGGAUCAACUCGAAAAAAAAUAGACAAAAGAAAGUUUCAUUAUCCUAAAAUUGGAAAAGGGAAUUACCCAUGCUGUUUAGGUUCAUGUACUAUGUCAUUAUCAUUUGAGAAGAUAAUAGAACACUUAAAAUCUACUCACAAGGAUGUAUUUUAUGAGUUCAAGGAGGAUAAUGGAGUAUUUACACAGAAUUGUGAACUAGAAUAUAUGAUACCAAGAGACCAUGAUUUAGCAGUUUAUGUAAGAAACAUGGGUUUGUUUUUUAUAAAUAUUAGAAUUCUUCAUACAGGCGAUUUGAGAGGUAUGAUUUUGCUUGUAAAUAGUGCUUCAGCAAGUAAACACUUUACAUUUGAAAUUACAAUUGGAUUGGAGAAAAGAUCCAAGACAUACUCAGGAAUGGUAAAAACGUGCAGACUAGUAGAUUGGCAAGCUAUGGACGACUGUCUAUAUAUAAACAAUUCUGAAAUACAACAAAAAGAAAUGGUUUGUCAAAAUGGUACAUUUAACUGUAGUUUUAGUAUUAAACGUUCUAAUUUGACAGAAGUAAACGAUGAUUUUGAAAACCAUGAGUAACUAAAUAUCAUAUAUUAUAUCUAUAUUGUUGUUAUGUUUAUGUUACUAUAGUAUUAAGGUUUGGAAAUCAAAACAGAUGUUUUUUUGAUUGCACUUUAAAGAUCGUAUAUUUGAAAGUAAUUCAACAUAAUCAGUACUUUUGCUAUAAUGAAAGUAAUUAAUUUUUUGUUAUGUUAUUUAA